AUGUCGGGCGUGAUUCACAAGGCUCUGGCCCCCUUCACCCUCAAGGGUUUCUACCUCCUCACCUGGGGCACUGCCCUCGGCACAAAUGUGUGGCAGACGAUCUCUGCCUUCAAGGCCUUUGGCACCCUCGAGCGCAAGACGUUUGGCCAGCUCCAGGCCCAGCUCCAGCCCCUGUACUUUGCUACCUCGUCGGCCUUGACCGGCGCGCUCCUCGCCGCGCACCUCUACUUCCACCCCAACCUGGUCGGGUCCAUUCUCAAGACCCCGCACUGGUGGCAGAUUGAGGAGGGCGUCCAGGGUCUCUUCAUUGUUGCGAGCCUUGUCCCCCAGCUCGCCAACCUGCUCGUCGUCGGUCCCAAGGCCGUCAAGGUUUCCCUUGAGCGCCACCAGCUCGAGCAGACUGACGGCAAGGCCUACAAUGACGCCAACCCAUCCGAGGCCAUGGUCAAGCUCAACAAGAGCUUCUCUACCCUCCACGGCAUCGCGUCGUCGCUCAACCUCGUCUCCUUCCUCGGCCUGACCGGCCUUGGCCUCGCCGUUAGCCUCUAA